CCAAUGGGCACGCUCGGGGGAGCCGGGCUGGCGGCGGCGGUGGCGGCCAGCCGGGCGCGCACUCUCGGGAUGGAGGGCGAGCGCCGGGCAUCUCAGGCGCGCUCCUCGGGCCUCCCGGCCGGGGGCGCCGACGGGGAGAGCCCGGGGGGCAGCGCCCCCUUCCCGGGCAGCAGCGGCUCUUCCGCGCUGUUGCAGGCGGAGGUGCUGGAUCUGGACGAGGACGAGGACGACCUGGAGGUGUUCAGCAAGGAUGCCUCAUUGAUGGACAUGAACUCCUUCAGCCCUAUGAUGCCAACGUCCCCUUUAUCAAUGAUAAACCAAAUCAAGUUUGAGGAUGAACCAGAUUUAAAGGAUCUCUUCAUCACAGUUGAUGAACCUGAAAGUCACGUUACUACAAUAGAAACUUUCAUUACCUAUAGGAUUAUUACUAAGACGUCUCGUGGGGAAUUUGACUCCAGUGAAUUUGAAGUUAGGAGACGGUAUCAAGAUUUCCUUUGGUUGAAGGGAAAACUGGAAGAAGCACACCCCACUCUGAUUAUUCCACCAUUGCCAGAAAAGUUUAUAGUAAAAGGAAUGGUGGAACGCUUUAAUGAUGACUUCAUUGAGACACGCAGGAAGGCUUUACAUAAAUUUUUGAACCGAAUUGCUGAUCAUCCAACUUUAACAUUUAAUGAAGACUUCAAAAUUUUUCUCACUGCACAAGCUUGGGAACUCUCUUCUCACAAGAAGCAGGGUCCCGGAUUGCUAAGCAGGAUGGGGCAAACAGUCAGAGCUGUUGCAUCCUCAAUGAGAGGAGUUAAAAACCGCCCAGAGGAGUUCAUGGAAAUGAAUAACUUUAUUGAACUAUUUAGCCAGAAAAUAAAUUUGAUAGAUAAAAUAUCUCAGAGAAUUUAUAAGGAAGAAAGGGAAUAUUUUGAUGAAAUGAAAGAAUAUGGCCCAAUUCAUAUUCUGUGGUCAGCGUCAGAAGAGGAUCUGGUUGAUACUCUAAAGGAUGUUGCCGGCUGCAUUGACAGAUGCUGUAAGGCCACUGAAAAGCGGAUGUCUGGACUCUCAGAGGCCCUGCUUCCUGUUGUACAUGAGUACGUGCUUUAUAGUGAAAUGUUAAUGGGUGUUAUGAAAAGAAGAGACCAAAUACAAGCAGAACUGGAUUCCAAAGUUGAAGCUUUGACCUAUAAAAAGACAGACACUGAUCUGCUUCCAGAGGAGAUUGGAAAACUUGAAGAUAAAGUGGAAUGCGCUAAUAAUGCCCUGAAAGCAGAUUGGGAAAGAUGGAAACAAAAUAUGCAAAAUGACAUCAAGUUAGCAUUUACAGAUAUGGCUGAGGAGAAUAUCAAUUAUUAUGAACAGUGAGAAGGAGCUGUUCACCAUGGUUUCCUAUAGAGCACUGGAAAAAAACACAGUACUGCACUAUGAGAGUCAUUUUUCUUAACUGUAAAAUGAAAUUACCUGAUUUCAUCAGAAGAUUAUUGCAUGAAAUAAAACAGUAUGUAUGGAAAAUGAUGACAUCUUAUUCAAAUGGAAGUGGAACUCCUGUUGUUGUUGGUUCUCCCAUGAUAGUAUGAGAAUCCAAAGCUAGAAUGAGCUAACCGGAACUAUUAAAUGUCAGGCCAGCAGUGUUGCUGGAUAGUUUUUACUACUACUCUGGUUUUGACAGAUACUAACUUUCUUCACUCACUGUAAUGAUUUAAAAGUGGGAAAAAUUGUUUGAUGACAAUGCAAAGCCAAAUAAAUAGAAACGUCUUUUAAAAAUAUUAACUUAUAAGCAAAUCUCACACUAGGUUUUGAGUUUUUUUUGGUUGUAUUAACGAUUCUUUAUAUCCUCCAAUUGUAAUCCUGAGCACAGUAAAUACUCACUGUAAUAAAUUACUUAACUAUAUGGUAUAAACAAUAUAUGUCUUGAGUUUUUCCUUAGGUUUCAUACUCAAGAGCAAAGAAAUUUAAGGAGCCUUAGAGAUCAUCUUUUUGUUGUUUAUAAAGAUUUGUGUACAUUAAUUUGAUAUAUGUGCAGGAUAUCAGGUAACACGGGUGAAUAUUAAACAUUGGUGGAAACAGGCAAUUACAUUUAUUUAAUUAAAAACCUGCUAUCAAGAAUCCCAAAGUUAUCUGGUAGCGUCAGGAGCUGCAUAGUUCAAGGUCAGAUCUCAGCUUUGCAGGCCCAGAAAAAAAAACCAUAUUGGUCAGCAACAUAAGUGGGGUUCAGGCUUUUAGGGCAAAACUUAAUAUUUACAUGUUUGGAGAGCAAUAGAAACCAAGGUAUCAGUUGAUUAGUGUUCAAAUAGAAAAGUGCAGUUUUCUGAUGGCCAGCAUCUUAGCAUCAGUUGUUCAAUAUAUUCCUUCUCUAUAGAGUCGUCUGCAUUUACUGAGCACUUACCAUAUUCCUGACAUGUAUUAAUUCAGUCUUCUUCAAAGAAUAGAUACGUUCCUAGAAAUAUAUACAGAAUUUCCAAGAUACAUGAAGGGAAUUAAUUUCCAUACACUCACCUUUUGUAAAUACUCUUUCCUAAAAUGUGAUCAGCCUGAUGCCCCAGCAAUCAGGGUUUCUUACCUAUUUCUCCUUCCAAAAUCAUCCUUCUACUAUGUGAAAGAAAGGCAUCUCAUUCUCAUGACCCAGUGACUUAUUAAAUGUACCCUGGUGAUGGUUCAGAAGAUUGACUAUCCAUUUGUUGAUGGAUAAAUACUGGCAUACAAUUGAUGAGAUUUAUAACACACUUAGACCAUGAGCCUCAGCUUUCUCACCUGUAAAAUAGGAUUCACAGUAGUCAUUGUGAGGCUUAAAGAAGGUGAUAUAUAAAGCAAUCAUUAUAAUGCCUAACCAAGUAUUCAUAUCAGUAUAUGGCAGUUGUUAAUGUUAUUUCUGUUGCUAUCCUAUGUCAAUUGUUCUAUAAUAUUCUGUAUUUCAAAACACAUACUUUUUCUACUUCUGGUAUGGAAGAUAAGGAAAUCAUGAAAUAGCUAAUUUGUCUGUCUUAUCAAGUUUUACUAUCCCUUUUAGUACUUACUUUAGAAAUGAAAAUAUUAGCUCACAUCACUAAUUAGCAUGGACAACUACUGAAUAUCUUGGAUCUUUAUUAAACUAGCAUAGUUAAUGCAGAAUAUGAAAAUGAUAGGAGUUUGUUCACUUGAGGACUAACACCAUCUUUGGUGCAAUUUGAAUCACUUAUUAGACAAGAAUUCUAAAUAGAGCAGGCUGCUUAGAAUUUCAUUUUGAAUUUUACCUGGAGAAUGUUCAGAAGUUUAUUUAAAUGAUAGUUUUGCAGUUAUUAAAAAUACCUAAUAUCUUCUGAAAGUAGUAAUUGCUUUGGGGCUGCCCUGCAGGGGUGCCAGAUACAAGAUUGUGUAUGGGUUUGCAGAGAGCAAACCAGAGAGCUCUAGCAGAAAGAUGGUUUGCAAAGGAAACUGAGGGCUUUUCUCUAAAUGUAAAGUGUGGUGCUGUUCCCAUCAGCCCUCUCCACCUAGUUAAUAGUUUUCUGUUUCGUAAACAUUGUGGGUAGAUUUUUUAAAGAUAUACUUCGGCAUUUUUGUAUUUCCUUCUUUUUUAAACUUGACAUUUGGUGAAGGAGGUUUGUGAGUGGUUUAUGAAACUGAGUUUUUUUUUUUCUUGCUAUUGAAAAGCAAUAAAAUACUGAUAAUAGCUAAUAUUUAUUGCAUAUCUGCAUAUGAUGUUUAUUGUAGCUUUUUGGAAGUGUUGUUCCUCGGGUUGUGGAACUUCUCCUUUAUUCCUAAUUUGCUGAGAAUUUUUUUUUUAAUAAGGAAUGGACAUUGGAAUUUGAUAAAUUUUUUUUCUCUAUUGAGAUAAUGUUGCAUUUAAUAUUAUCAUUUGAUAAAUAAUUGGAUGUUAAUCCAAUCUUGCAUUCGUGGAAUAAACUCCAUUUGGUUAUGAUGCAUAAUUCUUUAUGGAAAUUACUACAUUUGAUUUACCAAAAUUUUAUUUAGAAUUUUCAUAUCUAUGUUUAGGAGGAAUAAUGGUCUGUAGUUUUCUUUUCUUGGAAUAUCUUUGGCUCUGGUAUUUUGGACAGCAUCCCCAUGUCUUCAAUUUUCUGGAAGAGAUUAUAUGGAAUUAGUAUGAUUUCUUCCUUAAAUGUUUGCUGUAAUUCACUAGUGAAGAAUUCGGCCUGGAAAUUUGUGUAUGUGUAUGAAGAUAUUUAACUACAAAUUCAGAUUCAUUUGGGUUAUUGGUUUCUUCUAUGGUGAAUUUUGGUAAUUUAUGUCUUUCAAGGAAUUGGUCCAUUUCAUCUACAUUGUCAAAUGUAGAGGCAUAAAGAUCUUCAUAAUUUUCUUUUUUCCUUUAGUAGAGUCUGAACUAACAUUAAACCUCUCAUUCCUGACCCUUGGCAGCAUGGCUAAAAGUUUAAUUUUCUCAAAGAUCUAAUAUCAGUUUCAUUGAUUUUUCUUGAUUGUUUUUCUUUUUUCUUUCAUUGAGUCCCACUUUGCUCUUUUCUGUUUUUUUUUUUUUUUUUCUUCUGCAUUUAAUUGUUCUUUUUUUGGUUUUCAAGGUAGAGACUAAAGUCAUUGAUUUGAAAUCUUUCCUCCUUUCAUAUGUAGGCAUUUAGUGCUAAAAAAUCUCUAUGUUCUACUUUAAUGGCAUACCAAAAUUGUUGCUGUGUUGUGUUUUCAUAUUCAGUUCAAAACUUUUUCUAAUUUCUCCUUUGAUUUGUCCUUUGACACUGGAGGCUUUUUAUAAUUGUCCUGUUUAGAUUUCAAAUAUUCGGUGAUUUUAAAGAUAUCUUUCUGUUACUGAUUUCUAGUUUAAUUCCAUUAUGUUCAAAGAACAUACUUAAUAUGACUUGAAUCUUUUAAAAUUUAUCAAGACUUCUUGUAUGGCCCAGAAUGUGAUCUAUAUUGGUAAAUGUUUUAUGGGCACGUGAAAGAAAAUAUGUAUUCUGCUUUUGUCCUGUAGAUCUCAGUUAGGUCAACUUGAUUGAUAGUGUGGUUCAGAUCUUCUAUAUGAGUGCUGAUUUUCUGUCCACACAUUCUGUCAGUUCUUGAGAGGGGUAUCAAAAUCAAUUAUGCUUGUAGAUUUGUCUUUCUCCUUGUAUUUCUGUCAGUUUUUAUGAAACUCUUUUAUGUGUGUAAACAUUUUAAAUUAUGUCCUCUAGAUGUAUUGGCCCUUUUAUCAUUAUGAAAUGAUCAUCUUUAUCUCUGAUAAUGAUCUUUGCUCUGAAAUCUACAUUUCUGAUACUGGUGUAGCCAUGCUAGCUUUUCUUUUGACAUGUGUUACAAUAAAACAUAUAU